GUUGUGUUUCUCAGAGCCGACCGUGAAUUGGUUGCUGCCGCUAAAAUACAUCAGCUGUGCUAUUAGAUACAGAACAACCACGGUUGCAUUACAGAAUCGCACAAGACUCAAACAGCAACGUUCAGACCCACAAUGUCAAAUAAAGAAGAGAUCCGAGUGACCGCAGUCAAAGUGCUGGGCUACGUAGAGAAGGUCUCCUCCUUCGCCUCUGCUAUCAAUCCUCUCUUUGGGAUUGUGACAUCUGUAGUUGGGGUGGUCAGGAAAGGCCUGGUGGCCGAGGAGGACAAUGAGCUGUCCCAGGACUUCAAACAAAUCCAUGAGAAGCUGGAAACCAUCUCGGAAAAGAACAAGCAGACCCUUCGGCAGAUCCGCAUAGAUGAAGUCAACGAAACGUUCGGUAAAUACGAGGAGUACAUCAAGCAUCAGUACGGAGCCUUUAACACCAUGGUGGAGAGAGUAAAGCUUGACCCUGACAACUCAGAGAAACACAUGGAGGACUUUGUGAAGAUCUACGAGAGGGAUAAGAGUGAUCUGAGCUUAGAUGUGUAUUAUCGUGGAGUGAUGGGCACCGGGGCUUUGUUCGGACGGCCGCUGCUGAAGGUUUACUUGGAGCACUGCGAUAGGAACAGAAGAGUGAUGGAGGCCAGAUGCUCACACAUUGCUCAUCUUUUCUACAUCGGUCUUAUGACACUGAUGGCCUACACCUCGGUCACAGAAGACGAUGAGGACGAAGUGAGGGACAAAUGGGAAAAGAGGGUUGUUGAUAUUCAAGCCAAGAUGCAAGAAGCUCUGGACCAAUGUGAACAGGGAAACUGAUGCGGGAUGUUGCACUAAAAGAUUGCUGAGAUAAUUCCAUAUUAUGUUUUGAACAGUUAAAUGUGAUAAAUGAGUUUGAAGUAGGAAGUGUGUGGUAUAAAAUGGAAAAUACUUCAAAGUCCCUAUACUGCAAAGCUUUUAAUACUGUAUAUCUCAACCAAAGUCUUUUUUAAGUAUGCGAGUCAUUAUAGUGUGACUGAAUGUAAUGUAAAGCAGCUUUCUAGCAAUACAUCAAAAUAUUUAAGUUAAACAUUGUUAAAAUCAUUAUCUCAU